AUGGUUCAAAAACGAAUAUCAGUUACUGGCUAUCAGUCAUUCGGCCCUUAUGACCUGAAUCCGGCCGAGGUUGUUGUGAAUAACUUGAAGAAAUACCAAUUUUCUUCCGAUUUGGAUGUAGAAUUUGCUGCAAUCCCAGUGUCGUAUGAAGCAGCUGAUUUCUGCAGUCGAGAUCUUUGUGGAAAGGGCAAAUCCGACGUGAGUUUUUGUUGUUCAUCUAGUUUUUUUCUGAUUUUAGCAUCAAAUGUUGGGAUAAUGGACUAGUGCAAUAUAAAGUGGAAUAGCUUGUUAAGUUAUUUUUGCAAAAUGAAGAACACGACUAAUUGCUUUAGUUAUGGUUUCCUGACCAAACGGUCCUUGUUCUUUAUGAUUUUAUAUUAUUUAUGACAGUUAGUACCUAAAUUUUUUUAAAAUAUAUAAUUUUUCGGGUAUAGCUGAAGAUUGAAGGCUGGGUCGAUUAUUAUAGGAUUUGAGGGUAGCAAUAAUGCGUUUUCUUCAUUUGGAAUAUUUUUUUCAGUUCGUAGUUCAUGUUGGAGUUCAUCCCAAAAAAGAGACGAUAUGUUUGGAAAAACAAGCCAGAGCUUCUGGAUAUUGCUCGAUGGAUGUUGACGGUAAAUUUUCUUUCCCUUUUUGUUAGUUUGCUUUUAGGAGAAAUCCCGCUGAACAAUCGCCCAUUAGUUUGUUGUUGCACUACACCAGAGGUCGUGAGGUCAAAUUUGGAUACCGAAGAAGUGAUAGGAUCCCUUAAGAAUGUUCCUGAAGGGCUAACAGUCAAGACAAGUCAUGAUCCUGGAAGGUGAGAAAUUCUUUGCCUAUGGUAUCACUAAAAUUUCCAAAAUGUAGUCAUUUUUAUCAAUUGAUGUUGUAAAUGAGCUCAGGAUCUGAUAUUUUUUGGCUAAAUAUUAACAUUAAUUAAAUUUAUUUGUUUUAGGUACCUUUGCAGUUACAUUUUCUACUCAUCGUUGGUGAAUAACCAUGGAAAUGCCCUUUUUAUUCAUAUCCCAGACUUCAGCGAAACCGCAACCGUCGAAGUGGUGUCAGAUAUAGUGGCCCAAGUCAUAGAAUUUAUCGGGAAAACUUUGUGA